GCUCAGUGCUGCUGGAAAAGCCACAGGGCAAACAGCUGCUUGGAGAGCUGGCGAUGCUGGGAGGGGCCUGCGGGGCCACUCGGGGAAAGCCACAAGGCGACCUCAAAUUCAGGACCCGGGAGCCUGAGGCUCGAGGGGCACGAGACAGCUGGCCAGCCACGAGUGGCCAUGCUGCCCACACCCAAUGGCAGUGGGCCGAGCCCAGAGCUUGAAGGCCAUUGGCCAGAGACCUCAGAGAGGUCCCCGUGUGUGGCUGGUGUCAUCCCUACCAUCUACUACAGCAUCCUGCUGAGCCUGGGGCUGCCUGUCAACCUCCUGACCACAGUGGCCCUGGCCCGCCUCGCCGCCAGGACCAGGAAGCCGGUGUACUACUACCUGCUGGCGCUCACGGCCUCGGACAUCGUCACCCAGGUGGUCAUCGUGUUCGUGGGCUUCCUCCUGCAGGGCGCCGUGCUGGCCCGGGAUUUGCCCCGCUCGGUGGCGCACACCGUGAACAUCCUCGAGUUUGCCGCCACGGGCCGGGCCCGCCGGGACAUCUCCAUCGUCCUGGGUGCCGCCCUGCUGACGGGCAUCCCCUUCUACUGGUGGCUGGAUGUGUGGAGGGACCCGGGCCCCCCCAGCACGCUGGACGAGGCCCUCAAGUGGGCCCACUGCCUCACCGUCUACUUCAUCCCUGGCGCGCGGCCCCGGGUGGGCAAGAGCACCGCCAUCCUGCUGGGCCUCACCACGCUCUUCACCUGCCUCUGGGCGCCCCGCAUCUUCGUCAUGCUCUACCACCUGUACAUCGCCCCGGUGCACCGGGACUGGCGGGUCCACCUGGCCUUGGACGUGGCCAACAUGGUCGCCAUGCUCCACACGGUGGUCAACUUCGGCCUCUACUGCUUUGUCAGCAAGACCUUCCGGGCCACCAUCCGAGAGGUCGUUCACGAUGCCCACCUGCCGUGCAUCCUGGGGCCACAGCCGGAGGGCACGGUGGCGGAGCCCGUGCUGAAGCCUCCGGGACUCCCCGAAGGGGCAGAAUUGUAGAGGGGGGCCCAGUCGGCGAGCUUGGGGCGGGAGGCGAGCUCGGGGCCAGUGUACUGGGCCUUUGUGGUUGUGUCCACAAAACUUUACCAACGCCCUACCUUGCAAUCUGGGGCAGCCCCCCAAGUAGAGGGGAGGACAGUUUACCCAACUCUGGCAUUGCUUUACCAGCAAUUCCCAUUUCCUGAAACAAGGAGAGGGCCCUGCCAGGCACCGGCUAACAGUGCCAGCUGCUGUGGGCAUUCCAUGAUGAGGGACACUUCACCCGGCACAUUAGGAAGGCAAAAGUCAUGCUGGUUGAAUGAGUAAAUGAAUGAAUGGAAUAAUAGAU